AUGUCCGAGUGUUCAUUCGGUAGUCAAGCACCGAAUUGUAAGGAGGCUGGUUUGGUGACCGACAAUUUGGACUUCCGAAGGUGUAGUACCAUUCGUGUUGGUUCGGCAGCACAAGACCUGUCGUUCGGCAAUUGUCGAGAUGCAUUCUUGAAGGUUGCAAGGCUUGUGCGCGCGGGCCGGGUCUCAGAAGCUUCGGCACGAGCUGGGCUGCACGAGCUGGGUCUGUGGAGUGUCAGUACCGUUGUCGCUUGGUGA